CUUUUUUUUCUUUUCCUUCUCCCAUUGUUCCCCUAUCAUCGUAUCGGAGGGUCCGAAAUCGAGAACCUCAUUGCUCGAAACAGAAUCCAUUUUUAACGCACGAUUGUAGGAUCCUAAGCUCUACUCAUUCGCGAUUCGGCCAUAACUCCCCUAAUGGAGUAGAAGAGACCGGUGAGGUAAGGUCACAUGACUGAUAAGAUCGUGCCUCCGAAGAGCUACGCUUCAACGCGCUUUAACACUGCUACAAGAAACAAGCUUCCUUACAAUCUUUUGACUGGGGCGCAAAAAGGUUCCUCGAGGGUUUAACUUCCAUAUCAUUGUGGAAACAAUCGCGGCCUUCGAUAUCCUGCCGUGAGCGUCGAAUGGUCCUCCGAGUCAUCCAUAUCAUGAGCGCGGAGUGAAAGACAUUACAUCGACUGCAUUUAUUCGACUAGCCACCCUUCGCCAUCCUCUUAAAAAAGAAAAAAACAACCACCUCACCAUGUCAUCUAACGUUGGUCUAUCCACGCCUCGUGGAAGUGGAACGUCAGGAUACGUCCAACGCAACUCGGCCUUCCUCAAGCCCCGCGAUUCCGGCUACGGCGCGCCCUAUCCUCCCGUAUCUGGAUCAAACGGACCAUCAUUCAAGCAACGGAAACCAGACCAGCAGAUCCUCGAUCAUGAUCGAAAACGCGCGAUCGAAGUGAAAGUCCUUGAGGAGCGAGAACGGCUAGAGGAGGAGAACGAGCGCAUUGAAGAGGAACUGAAGAAGAGUAAAGGGAAGAAGAAAUCCGAUGAUGACGAUGAUGAUGGGGAUGAGAAGAAGAAGAAGAAGGUUCUUUCAGAGGAAGAAAUCGAUGAGCGAUGCGAAGAGCUCAGACAGCGAUUACUGCGGGAAUUGGAAGAGGGAGGAUCUGCUGAUCGUGCCGAUGAUCUUCGAUCGAGAAGACGUCCGGGACGUGAUGGGCCGCCUCGAGAGAGGAAGCAGUUCAAAUCCUAUCAGGUGCAUGAGCAGGCGGAGGCGAAGAUUCAGGAGAGUGAGCGGUUGCGGAGGGCGUUGGGGAUUCGGGAUGAUUGGGAGAGUGCAGAGACCGAUGGAAGACGGUAUGCGGAGAAGGAGAGCCAGAGACAGAAAGACCUUUGGCCCGUGAGGCCGAGAGAUCGUGAGAGAGCCGCUUCACAGGGAUUUAGGGAGUGAUUGUCUGACUAGUUGAUACUGAACAUCCGUCAUUCAUGGUUUUGUUUCUGGCGUUUGUUGGGAGGGUCUCCUCAUGUUGAAAUUAAAGUGCAGUGUCCCAAAUUUCCGCUAGGGGGAUAUAGUUUUUUUCUAUGGGAAAAAGGAAAUACUACUUGAUGAUCAUAUUUGUAAAAAAAAGAGUUAU